AACACUUCCUGUGUCAAGUACGAGUGUUUCCGGUGUAUUUCUAAUACAACAGUACGGUAAGCACUGAAUGUGAAGGUGAUGUCUCAAACAGGACAGGAUCUUGGUAAGAAUGUGAAGAAAGAUCAUGGACUUGCUGAUGGAUCAGGGGACAGUGUGAAGAAGAAGAAUGAGGAAGAUGAUGAUGAAGAUCCUCUGCAGGGUUUAGUUCUGUCUCCUCACACUGUGCUGGAUGAAGCUCAUCACACAGGCAGGUUAAAGUGCUCCACCUGUGGCUCCUCCCGCCUCCUCUACUGCUACACCUGCUGCUGCCUGGUGGGACUUAACCCUCAACUCAUCCCCAACAUCAAGCUACCUGUGAAAAUUGACAUCAUUAAACACCCGAAUGAGACGGAUGGGAAGAGCACUGCAGUUCACGCUAAACUCAUCGCACCAGAAGAUGUUUCCAUUUACACGUACCCCUGUAUCCCAGAGCUGGACACACACACACACAAUGUGGUUCUGGUGUUUCCAGGUCCUAACUCCAUGACGGUUCAGGAGAUGGUGGAUUACAUCAGAAAGAACAGGAGAAAAAGAGGAGCAGAGAAAUCAGCUGAGGAGAGAGACACUAAGAAACCCAAGCUGGAGGAGACGAGUGACAGCUCACAGUCACACUCACACACACACUCACACACACACUCAGGCACACAAAUGUCACAGAACACACAGCAAACAGAGGAUCACAUGUGUCAGGUUCAGAGAGUCAUCUUCAUCGACAGCACCUGGAACCAGACCACUAAAAUCAUUAGUGAUGAGCGGCUACAGGAUUUCCCACGUGUGGAGCUAAAAUCAAGGAAAACCUGUUUCUGGCGUCACCAGCGAGGAUCUCCUGACUCAUACUUAGCCACCAUCGAGGCCAUAUAUUAUUUCCUGAAGGAUUUCCACAUCCACUGUUUACAGAGAGAGUACAGAGGAGAGUACGACAAUCUGCUCUUCUUCUACACAUUUCUGCACAAAUUGAUUAGAAAAGCCAAACAGAGCACAGUGUGAGGAGAAUGUCUCAUUAACACACACACACACACACACACAGAUCUAGUGACUCUGCAGUAUUACUAAUGUAUCUUAUGUACAGACCAGGACACAGAGCUGAUGCCGUGUGUUUGCUGUAUUUCUGAGUGUGAUAUAGUGUUGAUGAGUGUGAUAUAGUGUUGAUGAGUGUGAUAUAGUGUUGAUGAGUGUGAUAUAGUGUUGAUGAGUGUGAUAUAGUGUUGAUGAAGAAUAAAGGCCAUUUCUCCUAA